UCACCCAUCGACAACGGCCACCGCGAGUACAGCCGUAGGGCUCGGCCAAAGUGCAAUUUGAUGAGUUAGACUGCUCACAACUUGCCUUCCCGCAGGAAUGGCAACAAAAGAGGACCAAGAGAACCUUCGACUGUUGGUACAAUACGUUUCUCGCGCCUUCUACGAGCCCAAGUUCGUCAUUAUUAUGGACCAGCUCGCACGGCAUCCUGUCCUGAAGGACGAUGAUUUGGCCGGGCGGAUAGGAUUACAAGCGAAGGAGUUAAACAAGCUCAUGGCGGUGUUGUUGAAUGACCGAUUGGUACAAGUGCAUCGACAAAAUGAGCUGAAAGAUGGCGCCCAAAGGUCCAUAGGAAAGCAAUAUUAUUUUAUAGACUAUCGACAUUUUUGCAAUGUCGUCAAGUGGCGCGUCGCUGAAAUGCGGCGUUUGAUUGACUCAACACUGCGGAAUGAACUCGACAACAAGGGUUAUAUCUGUCCAAAUUGUAAAGCAACUUUCCAACCACUUGAAGUGGAUCGACUGAUGGAUUUCCAACGAGGGGCUUUUCUAUGCGAUCAAUGUCCUACGUCACCCGGUGGACCUCACGAGGUUGUAUUAAAUGAAGAUGAAGAAUCCGUGCGAGGGAGUAAAGACCGUAUGGAACGUUUCAAUUGGCAAACGAAAUUCAUUCGCGAGGGGCUCCGAAAGAGCGAAGCCAUGACACUUCCAGCGUUUGACGUUGCGGUGUGGGUUAAGAACAACGUGCACGAUGCGGAGAAGCAGAAGCAAGCGCAGAAUGGUGGACUGAAGAUUGCUGGAGCAGAUGGGAAACACCAGGAUGCGGGAAUUAGUGUGAUGAUGUCGAUCGAUAAAGACGAGGCGACGCGUAGGCGAGAACGUGAAGCAGAGGCGGAGGCGAAAAGACAGCAAAACAUUAUGCCGUCGUGGCACUUGAAAAGUACGAUUUCAAACGACCUUACGGCGUUGGGCGUUGCUGCAGUCAAUCAACAGACUAACGGAAAGCUAACUGGGAACGAGGCGAUUUUGUCUAGUCUGGGGAAGGGUCCAACUUCUAACGGGGAUGCGUUACGUGGGUUGGGCUUGGUGAAGCCUAAAAUGGAGCAAGUCGAAUUGAGCCCAAUUGUAGAAGAAACGAAACCAACUAUUGACCACAAUGCGGACUUCUAUGAGCAGUACUACGCAUCUCUCGAAGCUGCGUCCCAAGCUCAAUCUGCAUCACAGACACCAGUCAUGCCCUCGCUUUCAGGCGACUUUGAAGAAGAGGAGCGAAAACCGAACGUCGCUCAACUGGACAUGAUGAAUGCAGCAGCUGUACCAAAUGCAGCGAGAAAACGUUCUCUGUCUAUUGAUGAAGACAGUGAUCGUGGUAACAAGGCUUUGCGUGAUAACAUGGGUACACCAGUGUUUUCCCGGUCGGCAAGUGGGUGGUCUAGCGCUGUGAACAGCCCCGUGCCAUUCUCCCCGAACUCGGAACCCGGUCCUCCGCAAACGGAUUUGGACACUAGUACCGAGAGUAUGGACUUUGGCAGUCAACCUGCAAUCGACGAACCUGCCGUUAUGGUUGGAGGCCAACUGAUGCCGUUCUCUUUAGUGACGCAGGAGAUCGCGGACGAGAAGAUGAGUCCGGAGGAGUAUACGGCGUGGUAUGAGCUUCUUAUGGCACAAUAACAGUGCUUGUUUGCCUGGCUUUUUUUGUCAUUUAGAUUUUUUUGUUGUUAAAAGAUUAAUAUUUUUGAGUUGUUAUCUCUUGGUAUUUUGUCAAGUACAGCAUGUGUAUUUAUUUUAUCAAUGCAGC